AUGAGCAGGUUCGCUGUGUUGUUUGUGGUUGUGAUGGUGGCUGUGAGCAGCGUGCUCUCUUGUGUGGAGGGAGGAGAGGGUAAGGAAGGUGCAGGGAGUGCUGUCGCUGUAGAUGCCGAUGCUGCAGCUGCUGUAGACGCAGCGUCAUCUCUUGAAGCACUCAUCUCCAAGUUCGAGGGACUUCCAGCAGACCAAGGCAUUUCAUUUCACUCCCUCAAACCAGCUGCAGUGUCCACUGACAGUGAAGGCCUCUCGGAACCAAUCGAGGUGACAGAGCAGGAUUGGGAGGAAUCCAAUCCAAUCAGGAUAAAGGCGCGCGUGAUUCGCGGCCCCGCUUGGAAGUGGGGCGACGCUGAUGGCGGUGCCGGUAGUCUAGGCACAGUUCUUGGACCCGCCCGUGCCACCAACUGGUGGCGUGUGAAGUGGGACAACGGCCAUGAGAACGCAUAUCGGUACGGAAACGGCGUGCACGACCUAAUCGUGCUCAAGUACACAACCAUGGACGGCGUCACCAUCUUCGGCACGCCCUCGCGCGUCAAAUGGACGCCCAAUCCGUCCAAGCCCUUUGCCGAGCAGGUGGCGAAACUCGAUGAGCCCUUGAUUCUCCUGAACACCAGCGCAUCUCUCUGGCCGGCAAUGCACGAAUGGACACCGCAGAAGUUUGCAGACGCACACGGCGACAUGGUGCUCUCUCGCGUCAAGGUCACGCCCAGGCGCAAGAAAGGCAGCACGCCCUUUUUCUAUUACCACAAUGCGCCCAUGAACUCCUCCGACGCAGACGUCGCUGCAUACAAGCGGCGUGCAUACACCGUCACAAACAUGACACUCCGUGAGCUGAUCCACAACAUCUCCGCACCGCACCAACCAGGCCAACCCACGGCCGUGUACGCUGGGAAGUUGGAUGACUUUGGCGUCGAUUUCCUCUCUCAAGUGCUUCCAUUGGAUCCAUUCAUGGUGAUUCAGCCAGGGUUUGAACCGGAAAAGGAGCACCUGUUUCGACAAACACACAUUUGGAUCGGGGGCGAGCAAACGUCGACUCCUGCGCAUUUUGAUUUGUUUCACAACUUCUACGUGCAAAUCUAUGGGCGAAAGCGAGUGCUUCUGUUUCCGCCGGCGCAGUGGCAGCAGCUGUACAUCUUCCCCCUUCUCCAUCCCGCGGGGCGAAGCGUGCAGGUUGAUCUUGACUCGCCCCUGUUCCAGCAGGAGCACGCGUUUCCAAAUUACCAAAAGCAACACACACUUGCACUUGAGGCUGUGCUUGAACCAGGCCAGGUGCUGUACAUUCCUCCCCUGUGGUUCCACCACAUCACGUCGCUGGAGCCUUCCAUCUCUCUCAGCGUAUGGACCCCGCACAUCGCUAUCGAAAUUGCAGCAAAGGUGCUGGCAGUGGGUGGCGGUGACUGGUGA